CUAACACACACACACACACACUUUGUGUAACUGCAUAAAGUUGAAUCUGAACUCCAGUAAACAAGUAUGGAACAGUCAGCGCAGAUCCAGCAGAAUGAUUUCUCACACUUCCAACUCAUUCAACAACCGACCCCACAGCCUGUUACAGUUUUCCAGCAGCUGCCCUCAGCCAUGGCUCCACCUGCACCAACUUUACGGCCGGGACACAUCAGGGAAGACCUUGUAGAGCUGAUGAUGAUGCAGAAUGCUCAGAUGCACCAGGUCAUCAUGAACAACAUGACCAUGUCUGCGCUCAGUUCUUUCGGCUACACACAAGCACAUGAGCAUCCAGGUCCAGAUGUAACAGCUGAAAUGGAUCCAGAGGUGUGGCAUCACCACUACCCCAGUUCCCCCUAUGCAUCUUACCCUGCAUGGGUUCCUAUGUCUCUGGUACCGAUGCAGUCUCAUGACCCGCUUCAGACCAGCUUUCAGGGGGCGGUGUAUCCUCUACACAAUGUCCAAAUAGAACACAGAGACAGGAAAGCUUUUCCUCCUCCACCACCACCCAGUGCAACAGGCACUGUCGGACCGGACGUUCCUCCUGCUGCAGAGUAUUAUGAAGCAGAAAGAAGGCAGCACAGACAAGACGAGAAGCAGUACUGAAACCUAAACAAUAACCUACCUUGGAUAUAAAUGCUGAACAUUACAAACCAUACAUAAAAUCAAGAACUAAAUUUUAUUCUAGAGUUCUAGAUGAAGCACAAUACGUCUGAUUCCAUCUUGUUAUUUAGAAGUUGCUAUCGCUCCAGUUGCACCUUGAUGAUUUCUAACGCUGCAGCGGCCAAAUGCUUACAUGACCAAAAUAUCAGGAUUUCAUUUGAUUAUUAACAUAAAAGUGGAGCCCAAAAGCAAAAAAAAAAAGCAAAGGAAAGAUGAAAGAGAAAGGACUAGACAGGGAAAAACUCCCACGAUUAGAUAAAUGUCCAUCAAAUGAGAGAGUAACAUCACUGGCUUUGUUGUUGUCAUGUCUGUCAUGCAGGAAUUUCAUACAGUGCUGUGAUUUUUAAAGCUUUGAACUCAGGUAGCAGAGCCAGAAUACUGCUGUGGGAACAAAAGCCAUUAUUUGUGUCUGUGUAAAUAACUCCAUGCUUAGUACGACUACCAGCACUGGCAUAUACUACUAAUUAUUUAGAAACUACAGUGAAAUAAACAGGAAUAGGAUGGAGUGAUGAAUGCAAGUGGGCUUAUUGCUGGGUUUGAGUAGCUGAGGUCAGUAAUCAUUUUGUGAUAACAUUUAAUUCACCUCUUCUAUAAGAUCAUCACUGUGACCACUGGUAAAGUAAUGAAAACAGAUUCCAACAGAAGAAAGUAAAUAAAUAAAUAAAUACCAGUGGUCAACUCACAACUGAUACUCACAAAUAAAUGAAUAAAUAAAAUAAAAAAAUAAAUAACAUUUAAUUCACCUUUUCUAUAAGAUCAUCACUGUGACCACUGGUAAAGUAAUGAAAACAGAUUCCAAGAGAAGAAAAUAAAUAAAUAAAUAAAUAAAUAAAUAAAUAAAUAAAUAAAUAAAUAAAUAAAUACCAGUGGUCAACUCACAACUGAUACUCACAAAUAAAUAAAUAAAUAAAUAAAAUAAAAAUAAAUAACAUUUAAUUGACCUUUUCUAUAAGAUCAUCACUGUGACCACUUGUAUAGUAAUGAAAACAGAUUCCAACAGAAGAAAAUAAAUAAAUAAAUAAAUAAAUACCAGUGGUCAACUCACAACUGAUACUCACAAAUAAAUAAAUAAAUAAAUAAAAUAAAAAUAAAUAACAUUUAAUUGACCUUUUCUAUAAGAUCAUCACUGUGACCACUUGUAUAGUAAUGAAAACAGAUUCCAACAGAAGAAAAUAAAUAAAUAAAUAAUUAAAUAAAUAAAUAAAUACCAGUGGUCAACUCACAACUGAUACUCACAAAUAAAUAAAUAAAUAAAAUAAAAAUAAAUAACAGCCAUGAUCAUGCAGCCAUGAUCAGUAAUACGGUCAUCCUUUUCACAAAUAAAUAAAUAAAUAAAAUAAAAAUAAAUAAUAUUUAAUUGACCUUUUCUAUAAGAUCAUCACUGUGACCACUUGUAUAGUAAUGAAAACAGAUUCCAACAGAAGAAAGUAAAUAAAUAAAUAAAUAAAUAAAUACAUACAUACAUACAUACAUACAUACAUACAUACAUACAUACAUACCAGUGGUCAGCUAAUACUCACAAAUUGUUUAUACCCAUUCUUUUAUUCAUUUAAAAAAGAUUUUGUAAACAAAAAAGACACAGAAACUUUUGAUUAAUUUCAUUAUAUCUAAACAUUUAAUUGUUUAAUCUGUAACUGAAACACAAUGGGGUGUGUUAUUAUAAGAAAAUGUGGUGAUUAUCUUAUUACAGUUCUUUUACAUCACAGCAGUUUUUCAGUGAUAAAACUGUGCAUGAGAUACUGAUACUGUACUGAUCAUUUUUUAUAGGCACUUAAAAGAUUAUAGAAUCGUUGAAUGUUUUGGAACAUCUCUAAAACUUA